AUUCGUACUUCGGUUUUCGAUAGUAUCGACCCUUGAUUCUCGUGCCACUCGCCGGAAGUUGCCUUCUUUUAGACUUCCUGCGUCGAUCGCGUUGCAACAGAGGAUUUCAAAAUGCCACCAAAAAGGGGAAAAGUACAGAAAGAAGAGGUCCAAGUGUCUCUUGGGCCGCAACUACGCGAAGGUGAAGUUGUCUUCGGCGUUGCUCAUAUUUUUGCAAGCUUCAACGACACGUUCGUCCACGUAACUGAUCUUUCCGGAAGGGAAACUAUUGCCCGAGUUACUGGAGGAAUGAAGGUAAAAGCAGAUCGUGAUGAGGCUUCCCCGUAUGCUGCUAUGCUUGCAGCUCAGGAUGUUGCAGAGAAAUGCAAAUCUCUUGGAAUCACAGCACUGCACAUUAAGCUGAGGGCAACUGGAGGUAACAAAACGAAAACGCCUGGACCAGGCGCACAAUCUGCAUUGCGUGCACUCGCACGUUCCAGUAUGAAGAUCGGCCGUAUCGAGGAUGUGACACCGAUUCCAUCUGACUCUACACGUAGAAAGGGUGGUCGUCGUGGACGCAGGCUGUAAUUUAUAUUUCUAUGUCUGGUUUAACUUUCAAAAAUAAAAGUUAA